AUGGCUUUCCUUCAAGACCAGUUUCAACGCCACUACCAAACCCAACCCCAACCCCAACCACAAACCAAUUCCUUCAGAAAUUUAAGAACGAUGGAUGGUCAGAUGUCGCAGCAGAUGGCGUUUUACAACCCUACUGAUUUGCAAGAUCAGUCUCAGCAUCCGCCUUACAUUCCUCCAUUUCAUGUUGUUGGCUUUGCUCCGGGUCCUGUUCUUCCGGCUGAUGGAAGUGAUGGUGGUGUUGAUUUUGCAUUGGAAUUUUGGUUUGGAACCGGAGAGGAAGAGACUAAAAGAACAGGAUUUUUUGGAGAACAAUUCUCAGAUAUCUUCUGUGGAUUUCCUACAACCUCGAUCUGUGUCCACGGGAUUGGGAUUGUCGCUUGA